AUGGGCCCGGAUGACGAUCCUGAGGCCUUCCUGGUCACCUUUGAGCAGGUGGCCCUCAUCGCAGGGUGGGCCCGAGACCAGUGGGCUACGCUGCUAGCCCCAUACUUGACCGGGGCAGCCCAGACGGCCUACCGCGGACUGGCGACAGAGGAAGCCCGGGAUUAUGACCGAGUGAGAGCCGCGAUAUUAGACGCCCUGGACAUCAGCCCUGAGACCUUCAGGCAACGAUUCCGGAGCCAGACCUACCCCCCGGGCGCCCGGCCACAGUUGGUGGCCCAGACUCUAAAGGAGGCCUGCCGGCGGUGGCUACAACCGGACGUCCGGACGGCGGAGGAGGUGACCGAGCAGGUCAUCCUGGAACAGUUUAUCCACACCCUGCCCUCCUGA